AUGAAUCUUCGUUCUAUUCUACUCUACUCUCUACAGAAGGUGAUCAUGGAACCGAAUACCGUACUUGCAUUGUUUGCACCUAGCUACUUUGCAGUGUGCACAGAAUAUAAGGGAUCCAAAGAUCGACCCAAUUUCUGGCUUCUUCGUAACAAGAGAGGUGCCACGUGCCCAGUUCAUGAGUCAUCCGGAAGAAAUGGUGGUCCGAAAGAGCAAUGCCUGGCGGGUGGGGUAGGACAUCCCAUCGAAGCACCUGUAACGUUUCCUUGA